UCCCCGCUCUCACGACUCCGCCCCGCCCCACCCAGGCCGCUCCGAACCGUACAAGGCGCAGCCGCUCGGGUCGGUGCGGAGUUUCCUGCGGGGUUCCGCGGUCCUGCCCUGCCCUGCCCCGCCCCGCUUGGUUCCCGGUGCUCCCGGUCCCGCCAUGGCGCUGAGGAGUGGUGUCCCGCCGGGCCGGCGCCUUCCCGCAGUUAAAGCUGGAGGCAUGAGAAUAUCUAAAAAGCAAGAAAAUGGACCUGUUGAGAAAAAUGCUAAACCUUCAGGAAAAGAAAAGUCAAGGUAUUACAAUGCAGAGCCUGUUCACCCCUGCCCUGUAGUUCCAGUUCAUAGUGCUAUUGUCAGUUUUGCAAAACCUCAGAACAUGGGUGUCUUGGUAGCAGAAGCACUGAACAAAAUGAGCCACAAAAUCCAUGCAGCAGCAUUACAAGUGGCUCACCAAAAGCCACAGCCUACCCUGGAGAAGUUCAUACUGCCUAAAAGAAUUUACAUUAUUCAACAGCCACGGAAAUGUUAAGAUAAUCAUUUAAAUACUCAUGUUUACUUAAAAGUGAGUUUCUAUUCUAUAUAGCACUUAGCACACUAUGGUGAAGUGCUCAAAAGCUGUGUGCCUUGUAUCUUGCUGUGUUUCUGUUACUGACAAUAAAAUAUAAGAAGAGUUACUAAA